UUUCUUUACAAUAUGAAGAAAGAAAUAAGGGUCGAAGUUUAGACCGUUUACAGUAGUUCUACCUUGUCUGGGCGGAGUGGAUCAAUGGCAGGGGACCCCUGACAAUUAGUUCUAAGGAUCGGGGUUAGAAGGAUCCUUUUGAGUAGAAGGCUUGACCAUUUAAAAAUUAUUUGGGCGGAAAUGAAUUAAAAAUGCGGGCGUGAGCUAAUCAAUCAAAAAAAAAUAAAAAUUCAUACUAUAAUGUUCUGCAACUCCGACACAAUUAAAAAAUUUGAUUCAAUAUGGAUUCAAUAAUUUCUUCCAAAUUCAAUUGGAACCGAGAUAAUUAAGAGAAGUUAAGUCUUCUGGUUUCAUUUAGCUUUGCAUGUAAUGGUUUCACUUGCUCGGAAGCUGAUCGCAUCAAGGAACCCUAUUCCAACCUCCAGAAGCUACGAGUUCGGAAAUCCAGAAGUCUUCGUCCCAUUUUCCCGGCUUCAAGAGACAAAACUCUUAGAAUCUCAUCUAGUUUCACUUCUUGACAACUGUAGCAGCCUAAAUCAGAUCAAACAAGUACAUGCUCACGUUAUCCGCAGAGGUCUCGACCAAUGCUGCUAUGUUCUCGCAAAGUUACUCCGUAUGCUCACAAAAAUCAAUGUCCCAAUGGACCCAUAUCCCCGUCUUGUGUUUCAUCAAGUGGAAUACCGUAACCCUUUUCUAUGGACCGCGUUAAUUCGGGGUUAUUCAAUUCAAGGACCACUGAAAGAGGCGGUGAGUUUGUAUAAUGCUAUGAGAAGGGAAAGUAUAUCGCCUGUUUCUUUUACUUUCACGGCUUUGCUCAAGGGUUCUAGCGAUGAGCUUGAGUUGAAUUUAGGUAGGCAGAUUCAUUGUCAGAGCAUAAAGCUUGGUGGAUUCUGUGAAGAUUUGUUUGUUCAUAAUAUUUUGAUUGAUAUGUAUGUUAAAUGUGGCUGGUUGGAUUAUGGUCGAAGGGUGUUCGAUGAAAUGUCUGAGAGGGAUGUGAUUUCGUGGACUUCGUUAAUUGUUGCGUACUCGAAGGCUGGAGAUAUGGCGGCAGCUGCUGAGAUGUUUGAGAGAUUGCCUGUGAAAGAUUUGGUUGCAUGGACGGCUAUGGUGUCAGGUUUUGCCCAGAAUGCUAAACCAAGGGAGGCACUGGAGUUCUUCCAUAGAAUGCAGUCUGAAGGUUUUGAGACUGAUGAGUUGACAUUAGCUGGGGUUAUUUCAGCUUGUGCACAGUUAGGUGCUGCUAAGUAUGCAAAUUGGGUUCGUGAUAUGGCUGAGGGAUAUGGUUUUGGACCUGCCAAUCAUGUUAUGGUAGGGUCUGCAUUGAUUGAUAUGUACUCCAAGUGUGGGAAUGUGGAGGAAGCAUACAAGGUUUUCGAGAAGAUGAAGGAAAAGAAUGUGUUCUCAUAUAGUUCGAUGAUUAUGGGUUUUGCAAUGCAUGGAUGUGCGAAUGCUGCACUAGAUUUAUUUGAAGAAAUGGUGAAAACUGAGGUAAAGCCUAAUAAGGUGACAUUCAUUGGUGUUCUUAUGGCUUGUACUCAUGCAGGUUUGGUAGAGCGGGGUCGAAACCUGUUUGAUACAAUGGAGAAACAUUAUAGUGUUGAACCAUCAGUGGAACACUAUGCUUGCAUGAUUGAUCUCCUUGGCAGGGCUGGGCAACUAGAAGAGGCUCUUGAGCUUAUCAAAGCUAUGCCAAUGGAGCCUAAUAGUGGUGUCUGGGGUGCCCUGCUGGGAGCUUGUCGGAUUCAUGGUAAUCCUGAUAUUGCAGAAGUUGCUGCUAACCAUUUAUUUGAGCUUGAACCUGAUAGCAUUGGUAACUAUGUCUUGCUUGCCAAUACAUAUGCUUCAGCAGGAAGGUGGGAAGAUGUUUUAGGGGUAAGGAAAUCAAUAAAAAAAAAAUUGCUGAGAAAGGACCCUUCACGCAGCUGGAUUGAAGGCAAAGAGGGGGUGAUUCAUGAAUUCUAUGCUGGUGAUAUGACCCACCCAAAUUCUAAAGAGAUUAAGGAAGCACUUGAGGAUCUUAUUGGUCGGCUUAAGUCACAUGGAUACGAGCCAAAUUUAAGCUCUGUACCUUAUGAUCUGAAUGAAGAACAUAAAAGGAGAAUACUUCUCACACAUAGUGAGAAGCUGGCUUUGGCAUAUGGGCUGCUCAUCACUGAUUCUGCUGGGUCUACCAUCAAGAUCAUGAAAAAUCUAAGAAUCUGUGAAGAUUGCCACUCAUUCAUGGGCGGUGCAUCUCAAAUCACUGGCAGGGAGAUUAUUGUCAGGGAUAACAAGAGAUUUCACCAUUUCCGUAAUGGUGUAUGCUCUUGUGGUAACUUCUGGUAAUUGACAGAUGAACUGUUAAAUCUCUUAAAUCCCAGUGUACGUUAGUUUGAAGAACCCUUUUCAUUUGCAAAUGUCCAUUGCUCGGUAACAGUGCCACAAUACACAAUUGUGAGGAAUUGGACUUCUUGGUCGACUGAAGCCUGAAGGAUAUGAUUAAUUCAUUCAGGGAAAAAUCUGAGUUCCAGAAUUGUGUGAAUUCCAGGUGCCAAGUUAUAUAACAGGUCCAUUCUCCGCCACUUACAGGGUGAGGGAAGUGCAAGGCAAAGUUCAAGGCAUCUUUGGGUUCUAAACAUGGGGCAAGACCUGGAACAUUACUGGCAUUUUGCUUGCUACAACUUGUUUGAUAAAGUUCAGCGGGAAGCUUGUUGCAGCAAAAGACUGAACAAUUCCAAAGUAGUACUGUGUGGUUUCAGAAGAUUCGACUCCGGUAGCUAUUAGACUGAAGUUCUUGUUUCAAAAUUAUAUAUCUGAAGAUGUGAUUUGUCCUAUUAGACUGAAGUUCUUAUUUCAAAAUUAUAUAUCUGAAGAUGUGCUAUGUCCGGUCAA